CCUCUCCACUCUUCCACUAUUUUUAGAGAGAGAGAGAGAGAGAGAGAGAGAGAGAAAAAGUGGUAGAAAGAAAGAGAAAAGCACUCAUAAAAACGACCUGCCCGUCUUCUUCGUUGUUCACGCUUUUCUGCAUAUAUCUUGGCCUCCGAUCUGUACUUUCUCUCUCUACAAGUCAGUCAAGUUGUUGAUUACUCGAAUUUGGUCGAUCUGUGUGGUUUUGAACUCUUCGGUGGUGUCAAUCAGACGAAGAUGUCUUCGCUGAGCAGAGAACUUGUUUUUCUGAUACUUCAGUUCUUAGAUGAGGAGAAAUUCAAAGAGACAGUUCACAACUUGGAAAAAGAAUCAGGGUUUUUCUUCAAUAUGAGGUACUUUGAGGACUCUGUUACUAAUGGCGAAUGGGACGAGGUGGAAAAGUACUUAUCUGGGUUUACGAAGGUGGAAGAUAACAGAUAUUCGAUGAAGAUAUUCUUCGAGAUCCGAAAGCAGAAAUACCUCGAAGCAUUAGACAAGCGCGACAAUUCCAAGGCCGUGGAUAUUCUUGUGAAGGACUUGAAAGUCUUCUCCACUUUCAAUGAAGACCUUUUCAAGGAAAUAACAUUCCUCCUGACCCUGGCAAAUUUUAGGGAGAAUGAGCAGCUUUCUAAAUAUGGAGAUACAAAGUCAGCAAGGGCUAUAAUGCUUGUUGAGCUCAAAAAAUUGAUCGAGGCAAAUCCACUCUUCCGUGAUAAGCUUCAAUUUCCUAGCUUGAAGAACUCGAGGCUACGGACGUUAAUUAAUCAGAGCUUGAAUUGGCAGCACCAGCUUUGCAAGAAUCCAAAGCCUAAUCCUGACAUAAAAACCCUCUUUGUGGACCAUACUUGUGGGCAACCAAAUGGUGCUCGGGCUCCAUCCCCCGUCACUAAUCAUUUAAUGGGCUCCGUGCCUAAAGUAGCUGGUUUCCCGCCGCUUAAUGCUCAUGGUCCGUUUCAGCCCUCACCAGCACCUCUUACGGCAUCUCUCGGAGGAUGGAUGGCUAACUCAGCUCUGCCACACCAGCCUGUUACUGCUGGCCCUAUAAGCUUAACUGUUCCCAAUAAUACAGCAUCUAUGCUAAAGCGUCCUUGGACUCCUCCUACUAACAAUCCGGCAAUGGACUAUCAAACUGCAGAUUCUGAUCUUGUGCUGAAGAGAUCAAAACCUUUUGGAAUAUCGGAGGAGGUCAACAAUUUUCCUGUAAACAUUUUGCCUAUCGCAUAUCCCGGCCAGAGCCACGCCCACUUCUUAUUUUCUUCUGAUGAUUUACCCAAGACUCUAGUUUCAAAUUUGAAUCAGGGUUCUGCUGUCAAGAGCAUGGAUUUCCAUCCAGGACAUCAAACUCUGCUUCUUGUUGGGACGAAUAUUGGUGAUAUCGCAUUGUGGGAGGUUAGUGGCAGGGAGAAGGUUGCUUCUAAAAAUUUCAAGGUCUGGGACCUUAGAUCAUGUUCAAUGACUCUGCAGACAUCUUUGGCCAAUGAGUAUACUGCAUCGGUGAACAGAGUGAUAUGGAGUCCUGAUGGCACCCUUUUUGGUGUUGCGUACUCCAAGCACAUUGUGCAGAUAUAUUACUAUCAUGGUGGUGAGGAAAUACGGAACCACCUAGAGAUUGAUGCUCAUGUUGGCAACGUUAGUGAUCUUGCUUUCUCUCAUCCAAACCAACAGUUAUGCUUCAUAACUUGUGGAGAGGACAAGACAAUUAAGGUGUGGGAUGUUGCCACAGGUUCUAAGCAGUUCACUUUUGAGGGUCAUGAGGCUCCUGUCUAUUCUGUAUGCCCACAUUAUAAGGAAAACAUUCAGUUCAUCUUUUCAACAUCUAUUGAUGGGAAGAUCAAGGCAUGGUUAUAUGAUAAUCUGGGUUCAAGAGUUGACUAUGAUGCACCUGGUCAUUCUUGCACAACAAUGGCUUAUGGUGCUGAUGGGACAAGACUGUUCUCAUGUGGGACCAGUAAAGACGGAGGAGAAUCACAUCUUGUGGAGUGGAAUGAAAGUGAAGGAGCUGUCAAGCGAACAUACCAUGGUCUUGGGAAGCGGUCUCAUGGAGUUGUACAGUUUGAUACAAGAAGCCGGUUCUUGGCUGUCGGUGAUGAGUUUGUAAUCAAAUUCUGGGACAUGGAUAGUGUUAACCCCCUGAUGACUACUGAUGCAGAGGGUGGAUUGCCGGCUUCUCCUUGCAUUCGGUUCAAUAAGGAAGGAAUUCUACUGGCUGUCUCAACAAGUGAGAAUGGUGUUAAAAUACUUGCGAAUGCCAAUGGUGUUCGGCUUAUGCGAUCCAUCGAAAAUCGUGCACUUGAUGCAUCCAGAUUUUCUGCUGGAACUGUUGCUAAGGGCGCCAUAAGUGGCACAUUUGGUACUUCCAGUUCAGCUGCUGGAACAAGCAUUGGUAUUGCAGACAGAAGUGCACAGGUUACAGCUAUGGUUGCGCUGAAUGGGGAUAACGGUAGAAGUCUGUCAGAUGUGAAACCUAGAAUUACGGAUGAGAUAGAAAAAUCUAAGAUCUGGAAACUGACAGAAAUCAAUGACCCAUCUCAACUUCGUUUCCUGAGGCUUCCUGACAGCUUAUUGUCAGUAAGGAUUAUUAGGUUGAUUUAUACAAAUUCAGGAGGUGCCAUAUUGGCAUUAGCAUAUAAUGCUGUACACAAACUUUGGAAAUGGCAGAGAAAUGAGCGAAACUCGACAGGAAAGGCUGCAACAAGUGUGCCCCCACAAUUAUGGCAACCUUCUAGUGGAAUAUUAAUGACGAAUGAUAUAAGUGAGACAAACCUUGAAGAUGCUGUUCCCUGCUUUGCACUUUCGAAGAAUGAUUCUUAUGUAAUGUCAGCAUCAGGAGGAAAAAUUUCAUUAUUCAAUAUGAUGACAUUCAAGACAAUGACCACAUUCAUGCCCCCACCACCUGCAGCUACAUUCCUCGCAUUCCAUCCACAGGACAAUAACGUUAUUGCUAUUGGCAUGGAGGACUCCACAAUACAAAUCUACAAUGUUCGGGUUGAUGAGGUCAAAAGCAAGAUCAAAGGUCAUCAGAAGAGAGUAACUGGUCUUGCCUUCUCUAAUGUUUUAAAUGUUCUCCUAUCAUCAGGAGCUGAUGCUCAGCUGUGUGUUUGGAGCACAGAUGGAUGGGAGAAGCAGGCUAGUAAAUUCUUGCAGAUUCCAUCUGGGCGAGCUUCAGCUUCUCUUGCGCCAACCCGUGUUCAGUUUCAUCAGGAUCAGAUUCAUGCGCUUGUUGUCCAUGAAACUCAGCUAGCUAUAUAUGAGGCACCAAAACUAGAUUGCACUAAGCAGUGGGUGCCCCGAGAUUCAAACAGUUCAAUUACGGAUGCUACGUAUUCAUGCGAUAGUCAGUCAAUCUAUGCAAGCUUUGAAGACGGAAGCGUGUGUGUCCUCACUGCCUCAACACUCGGAUUGAGGUGUCGAAUUAAUCCGAGUUCCUACUUACCUUCUAAUCCCAGCUCAAGGGUGUAUCCACUUGUCAUUGCGGCUCAUCCAUCAGAACCUAGGCAGUUUGCCUUAGGACUUACUGAUGGUGGAGUUUAUGUUCUUGAACCCCUAGAACCAGAGGGAAAAUGGGGUACCACUCCACCACUUGAAAAUGGUGCAGGGAUUAGCAUUUCCCCUGUCGGAGCAGGUUCAGAUCAACCAUCAAGAUAACUGUAGUUGUGCAUACCUUCAGCUAAUGGUUGCAUGUAAAUGUCUCACAUAUGUUCCCCAUUUUAUUUUCCGGGGAGCUGCAAAAUCUAGGUAUUUUAGCUUGUAGGGUACACAGUUGUGGUGGGAGGCAGAGAGCUGAGAAGAUCUUUUUUAAUUUGUGGAUAAGUUUUGGGACUUCCCGUCGUAGAUAUAAUGAUGAGAGAAAUUGUACAAGUUGUUGAUAUAAAUGAAGAGGAGGCGGGGGAAGAGAGCAGGAAUUAAGGCUGAUUUCAAGAAUUUUGCUUCUCAAACAUAUGUUGGUGGACUGAACAAUAAAUUAGUUAGUUAGGGUUUCUGCAAGUCCUCUCGUGUUCUUGAACAUAACCAAAUAUUACUUUUUUUUUUCUUUCCAUCAUUAGAAUUUAAAUAGAGUGGUUAUUUCUCUUUCA